UUCGUAUACCUUCUCCAACUUUAUCCACAGAGAAGAAAGAUGACAUUUUCUCAAAUCAUCUUGUCCCUAGAUGAUAAGAAAAUAGAAAAUCCCGUUCCUCAUUUUCUUUUUUUAUUCUAUUUAUAAUUUAUAUCUCAUACAAACUAAUUUUCCAUUUAGAUUCUGUCAAUAGAAGUUUUUUUUUUUUUUGGAAUCGGUUGGAACUAGGGUUCAAAUUUGGUGCUAUUUUCGAUUGUUAGUGGGUUGCCUUCUAAAUGCUAUUCGGGCGAAAACAUAGUUCGGAUCUUGGACGCUAAUGGAGGUUAAUUCGUCUGUGCCGCCGGAGACCGAUAACGCCAGCGGCGGGCUCCAUCACCUGACUUCGACGUCAAUACCGCGGCGGUCGCCACACCAAUCUCCCAUCAGACCAGGGCUGGUGCCGACGUAUUUUCCUGUUAAUACGAUCAUAGAGAAAAAAGAGGACAAUCCGGGACCUCGGUGUGGCCAUACGUUGACGGCAGUGGCUGCCGUCGGCGAGGAAGGGUCGCCCGGAUAUAUUGGGCCGAGACUCAUUCUCUUCGGUGGCGCCACAGCGCUUGAGAACAAUGCGACAACUUCUGGUGCUCUUAGCUCGCCAGGAAGCUCCAGCAUUAGAUUGGCGGGUGCAACUGCUGAUGUCCAUUGCUAUGAUAUUUCAUCCAAGAAAUGGUCUAGGAUUACUCCUCUUGGAGAACCACCCACACCUAGGGCGGCACAUGUUGCUGCAGCAGUGGGCACCAUGGUUGUUAUUCAGGGCGGAAUUGGUCCAGCUGGUUUGUCUUCAGAGGAUCUUCAUGCUCUUGAUCUCACGCAACAGCAGCCUCGAUGGCAUAAGGUUGCUGUUCAAGGCUCUGGUCCAGGACCACGGUAUGGACAUGUAAUGGCUCUCGUGGGGCAGAGAUUUCUCAUGGCAAUAGGGGGGAAUGAUGGGAAGCGGCCAUUGGCUGAUGUUUGGGCCCUGGACACAAGUGCCAAGCCUUAUAAAUGGUUAAAGUUGGAGCCAGAAGGUGAAGGUCCACCUCCAUGCAUUAGGUAUGCUACAGCAAGUGCACGCUCUGAUGGUCUUCUUUUACUUUUUGGUGGAAGAGAUGCAAACAGUGUGCCACUGGCAAGUGCAUAUGGUCUUGCCAGGGAUAGGGAUGGUCAUUGGGCAUGGGCAAUUGCCCUUGGUGUGUCACCAUCUCCCAGAUAUCAGCAUGCUGCAGUUUUUGUACAUGCACAGCUCCAUGUAUCUGGAGGGGCACUUGGUGGUGGCCGCAUGGUAGAAGACAGAUCAAGUAUUGCAGUGUUAGAUACUGCUGCUGGCGUCUGGUGUGACACAAAGGCUAUUGUUACAAGUGCAAGAGCAGGUAGGUACAGUGCUAAUGCAACUGGUGGAGACACUUCAUUUGAAUUGAUUAGACGCUGUAGACAUGCAGCUGCUGCAGUUGGUGAUUUGGUCUAUGUUUAUGGUGGAUUACGUUGUGGAAUGUUGCUUGAUGACCUGAUUGUUGCUGAAAUUUGUCAUGCUGCUGAAACAACAAAUGAUGCUUCUCCUGCUGCAGCAACCACAACAACUGUUGCAGCUGCCAAGCAAACUGGAAGAUUACCUGGAAUGUGUGCUGGUGGUGAUGAAAGAACAGGGGAAACCUUUCCUGAAGCCAUUUCCGACAACGUGGUUGCAGUGGAAACUCCUAUUGACUCGGCCAUUAAUGGUGAUACAAGUAAAGAUAUGAUCACAGAAAAGGAUAUGCUUCAGGGACUAAGGACAGUGGGCACAAGUGUUGAGUACUUGGUUGAAGCCUCAGCAGCUGAAGCUGAGACCAUUAGUGCUGCAAUAGCAGCUGCAAAAGCAAGGAAAAUUAAUGGAGAUGUUGAACAAAUACAGGACAGCGAUGAUGGGGUAAAGGGUGUCCCAACUGGGAAACAGAACUCCACUUUGAUCAUGCCUGAAUCAGCUAUGUUGAGCAGCAUUCCACAUGGAGUCCGGUUGCAUCACAGAGCUGUUGUGGUAGCUACGGAAACUGGCAGUGCUUUGGAUUGUAUGGCUAGACAGCUUUCAAUUGACCAGUUUGAAAAUGAAGGUAGGCGUGUCUGUUGUGGUACUGCAGAGAAUGCAACUGCUGCUAGGAAAUUAUUUGAUCGGAAAAUGUCUAUCAAUACCGUGCCUAAGAAGGUGAUUGCACAGCUUCUGAAGCCUCGUGGGUGGAAGCCUCCUGUCUGCAGGCAAUUUUUCUUGGACUGCAAUGAAAUAGGAGAUCUUUGUGAUAAUGCAGAACACAUAUUUUCAAAUGAACCAAGUGUUUUGGUUGUUAAAGCUCCUGUCAAGAUAUUUGGUGACUUGCACGGGCAAUUUGGGGACCUAAUGCGCUUGUUUGAUGAAUAUGGGUCUCCUUCAACUGCUGGAGACAUCGCUUAUGUCGAUUAUCUCUUCCUGGGAGAUUAUGUUGAUAGGGGUCAGCAUAGUCUGGAAACUAUUGUGCUUCUACUUGCUUUGAAGGUUGAAUAUCUGCACAAUAUACAUUUGAUUCGUGGAAAUCAUGAGGCAGCAGAUAUUAAUGCCCUCUUUGGCUUCCGGAUUGAGUGUAUUGAACGCCUGGGUGAGCGAGAUGGUAUUUGGGCUUGGCAUCGGUUCAACCGAUUAUUUAAUUGGCUUCCUCUAGCUGCUUUAAUUGAAAAGAAAAUUAUCUGCAUGCAUGGUGGCAUUGGUCGGUCUAUAAAUCAUGUGGAACAGAUUGAGAACCUUCAACGUCCAGUUGCAAUGGAAGCAGGCUCGGUUGUUCUUAUGGACCUGUUAUGGUCUGACCCAACAGAAAAUGAUAGUGUGGAGGGACUGCGACCAAAUGCUAGAGGCCCUGGUUUGGUUUCAUUUGGGCCUGAUCGUGUUAUGGAAUUCUGUAAUGCUAAUGAUGUGCAAUUAAUUGUACGUGCACAUGAAUGUGUGAUGGAUGGAUUUGAACGCUUUGCUCAAGGGCAUCUAAUUACCCUCUUUUCAGCUACUAAUUACUGUGGGACUGCAAAUAAUGCAGGGGCAAUAUUGGUCUUGGGAAGAGACCUUGUGGUAGUUCCAAAACUUAUACAUCCUCUACCACCAGCAAUCUCGUCACCUGAAGCAUCCCCAAAGCACACUGAACAUGCAUGGAUGCAGGAACUUAAUGCCAACCGCCCCCCAACACCAGUUAGAGGCCGGCCUCAAGGGACAAACGACCACGGUUCUCAUGCUUGGAUAUAACAUAUCGUCUUGAGUUUUGACAGCAGUACGGGGCCUCUGCACUCCCAUCAUUGUGCUUUAUAAGCUAGGUAAUUAGAGAUUCUAUAUCCUGAGCACAUGAAAGCAUCCAUGAAAGCCAAAGUCUCUGGAAGCCCCAGAUGAAGGUGGCACCUUCCAUGGUCAAGAAUGGUUAGAAAUGGUGUCCUUUGAGAGAUCUCUAUUUGUAUAUUGAGUCAUAUAUAGAUUUCCUUUUUUCUCUUUUUAUCUUUUUUCCUUUACCUUUUCCCUUUGAUCUUGUAUAUACUUGUCUUUUUAAGAUAACUUUUAAUUUUUAUUUCCCCCCAGCAGCUGUUUUUGUUACUCUGUUUUUAAUGCAGGGAGGACAUUUGA